AUGUCUGAAGAAUCCAUUUCAAUAGAAGAAACAAAUAGAAUUCGUGUUUCACUAGGAUUGAAACCUAUACCUUUACCAAAUGAAACAAAACAAGCUCCAAAAAAUGAUGAAAUAUCACUAGAUGAUACAAACAAGUUAAGAGUAUCACUAGGUUUAAAACCAAUAACUAAAGAUAAUACUUCAAAUCCAAAUGAAAAAUCAUCAGAAGAAUAUCAACAAGAGAUACGGAAUCGUGAAAAGGAAGAAAAGAUAAAGAAAAAUUUGGAAAUUGCUAAAUCAAGAGCUGCAAAGAGGAAAAAAAUCAAUAUUUCUAAAAGUUUACUAGAUGACAAUGAUCAAGAUGAUGAUGGCGAUGACUGGCUAAGUAGGAUAAAGAAACCUUCUGAAGUGAAGAAAGUUAAAAAGGUGAAAAGGGCUAGAGUUGACGAAGAUGGUGGUAUGAGUGGUGUUAAAGUUGGUCAUAGUAUUGAUGAUAUAAAUCAAUUACAACAAGAGGAUGUGAUUUUAACUUUGAAAGAUCGUUCCAUUCAUGAUGAUGAAGAUGAGUUGGAGAGUGAUUUACUUGUAAAGAAACAAAAACUUGAAAAACAAAUGGCUGAAAAGCUAAGGACUAAUAAAUACAAGAAAUUUAAUGGGUUGGAGAGUGAAGAAAAGACAUUAUUAGAACGUUAUAAUGAGGAGUUGAAUGGGGAGAAUGGUGAAUCUUUCAUACUGAAUGGUGAGACUAUCAAGGUUGACAAAUCAAAAGAAGUUGAAGCUGUGGAGAAGAAAGGUAAAAGAAGAAUGGAAUUUAGUCUUGAUGAUGAUGACGAUGGUGACGAGGAUGAAAUUAUGGGUAAUUCUGAUUAUGCUAAAGCCAAACCAAUAAAGAUGAAAAAACUUAAAAAGAAAUCUAGUAAUGGUAGAAAGAAAGAGGAACGUAAAGAUGAAGAAGGUGAUGUUGUUGCCCUAGAAUCUGUUGAAUUAAAAGAUGAAGAUUCAUCAAUUCAGGAUGAUUUUGAAUUACAGAAUGCUUUAGCAUUGAAAAGAUUAAAAAAUCAUAGAAAAAGAAAGUAUUUGAAACCUGAAGAUAUUGCCAAAGAGAUUAAUGAAGAUAAAGAGAAUGGAAUGAAUGUUGAUAAAGUGGAACAAGGGAUUGUUAUUGAUGAAAAUACAGAGUUUUUAAGUUCGAUCAGGGCUAGAAACGAUGAGGAAGAACCUAAAGAUGAAGAAAUAGUCCAAGAUGCUGAACCUAUUCAAGAUACUAAUGAAGAUAAAAUGGAUGUUGAACCAUCGGAACCACUUGAUAAUGAAACAGUAGAAGAUGAAGAAGAUGCACAAGAUGUGAAUUUCAAUGGUGGAAUAGGUUCAUUAUUAGGAUUCCUUAAAUCUAAGAAUAUUGUUCAAGAAAAGACUUCAGAUCAAAUUGAAUCAGAUAGGAAAGCUAAAGAAUUGAAGAAAAAAUUAGAUUUAGAAAAAUUAAAGACAGAAAUUGAAAAAAGAAUUUAUGAAGAAAAUUUACGUGAAGAUUCAUCAUUUAAAAAAUUAUCUAAAAAGGAAAGAGAAGAAGUAUUAGAAUCAGAAUUACAACAAUUCAAAGAUCUUCAAAAUAGUGAAGAGGUUGCAUCAAAACUUGAAAAUUAUAAACCUCAAGUUAAACUUAGAUAUAUUGAUGAAUAUGGUCGUGAAAUGAAUACAAAAGAGGCUUAUAAACAUCUUUCACAUCAAUUUCAUGGUAAAGGUCCUAAUAAGAGUAAAAUUGCUAAAAAAUUGAAAAAAGUUGAAGAGGAAAGAAAACAACAGUAUAAAGAGAAUUCUUUAUUAGGUGGGUUGAGUAAUGAUAAUAAAGGGGAUCAAGAUUCUAGUGCAAGUCAGGAUAAAGUUGGUGUCAGACUUCAAUAA